CAUGUAUUUUAUAACAUUGAGGGAAGGAGAGGGGUUUCUCCAUGCUUAUGUUGCUGUGUGCUAAGUGUUUGCGUUUAGUUGACCAAAUGUCCUGAAGGCCAUCCCUCGUCACCCACCCUAUUGGCACGAUUUUAGACCUUGAUUAGUAAAUACACGAUGUUUCCUAUGAACAAGAUUGCAAAGCAAGUGCACAGGUGCGCGCGCGUGCUGAAUCUGCUGCAGAAGGAGAAGCUGUCACAGAGAUGGGCGUCCACCCUGUCCCCAGUGCCCCGAGUCACCACCCACUACACCGUCUUCCCCAGGGACAAAGACCCGCGAUGGGAAGGCGUGGAGAUGGAGCGAUUCACCGAUGAGGCUGACGUCGUGAUCGUUGGUGGCGGCCCGGCCGGUCUCUCUGCCGCCAUCCGCCUGAAGCAGCUCGCUAACGAGCACGGCAAAGAGCUGCGUGUCUGUGUGGUGGAGAAGGCCUCUCAGAUGGGCGCCCACACGCUGUCCGGUGCCUGUCUGGAGCCAAGCGCUCUCAGCGAACUCAUCCCGGACUGGAAGGAGAGAGGAGCCCCUUUAAAUACACCAGUGACAGAAGACAAGUUUGCGAUUUUAACAGAAAAGUCUAGAAUCCCUGUUCCAAUCCUUCCCGGACUUCCGAUGAAUAACCAUGGCAACUACGUAGUCCGCCUCGGUCAUUUCGUGCGCUGGCUUGGGGAACAGGCGGAGGAGCUUGGGGUGGAGUUAUACCCCGGUUACGCCGCUUCAGAGGUACUGUUUCACGAAGAUGGGAGUGUGAAAGGAAUCGCCACGAACGACGUGGGGGUAGCUAAAGACGGAUCGCCCAAGGACGUGUUUGAGAGAGGCAUGGAGCUCCAUGCCAAGGUGACGGUGUUUGGAGAAGGCUGUCACGGCCAUUUGGCAAAGCAGUUGUAUAAACGUUUCAACCUGCGCGAGAACUGCCAGCCGCAGACCUACGCCAUAGGCCUUAAAGAGAUAUGGAUUAUUGAUGAAAAGAAUUGGAAACCAGGAAGAGUUGAACACACCGUGGGCUGGCCCUUGGACCGGCACACGUACGGAGGGACGUUUUUGUAUCACCUGAAUGAAAAGGAGCCUUUGGUAGCUUUGGGCCUUGUGGUUGGCUUGGACUACCAGAACCCAUAUCUGAGUCCCUUCAGGGAGUUCCAGCGAUGGAAACAUCACCCUUCAGUGGCAUCAACUCUGGAGGGAGGAAACCGGAUUGCUUACGGAGCCCGAGCCCUGAAUGAAGGUGGAUUCCAGUCCAUACCCAAGCUGACGUUCCCCGGAGGCCUGCUGAUAGGCUGCAGCCCCGGGUUCAUGAACGUGCCGAAGAUCAAAGGAACCCACACGGCGAUGAAGAGCGGCAUGCUGGCGGCCGAGUCCAUCUUCCAGAAGAUCACAGACGAACACCUGCAGUCUGAGACGGCUGGAAUUCAUGUGCCAGGAUAUGAGGACAGCUUGAAGAACUCCUGGAUUUGGAAAGAGCUACGUGCUGUUAGAAACAUACGACCUUCAUUCCACAAUUACUUUGGACUGUAUGGGGGAAUGUUCUACACUGGCAUCUUUUACUGGAUCUUACGCGGGAAAGAACCAUGGACCUUAAAACAUAUAGGUGCGGAUGCUACGCAGCUCAAACCCGCGAAGGACUGCACCCCCGUCGAGUACCCCAAGCCUGACGGGAAGCUCAGCUUCGACCUCCUGUCCUCUGUAGCUCUGAGUGGCACUAACCAUGAGCACGACCAGCCCCCACACCUCACCCUCAUGGACGACAGCGUCCCCGUCGCCAACAACCUGGCCAUCUACGAUGGGCCAGAGCAGCGAUUCUGUCCAGCAGGGGUGUACGAGUUUGUGCCACUGGAGUCUGGAGAGGGCAUGAGGCUACAGAUCAAUGCACAAAACUGCGUUCACUGCAAGACUUGCGACAUCAAGGACCCGAGCCAGAACAUUAACUGGGUGGUACCCGAGGGAAGCGGGGGACCAGCGUAUAACGGCAUGUGAUUUUUCAAAAAGUACGUCGUCAGGCAUUAACCUGCUGCUCUGAUCCCACUGCAAUAACACAUUAUUCAUCGUGACUCCUCAUAACACUGAGUUUAAUGUUGCCGCAUUUUGACUUUUUAUUUAAAAAAUAAAAAAAAAAUACGAUUUGUUCAUUGCCAAAUGGACAGUUGUAUAUAGAGGACUAUUGUUACAUGGUAAGAUGAUGUGUAUAGCUCUGUAAUUUUAUUAAACUCUGAUUUAUUUCAAUGUA